AUGAGAGCAUACUGGUACGACAACGCUCCCGGCGACCAGCGCCUGCCGCACGACUCGGGCCGCAACGUGGACGCCGCGGAAUUGGAGAAGCUGGGCGUGAUCUACCACCGGAUCGAGGAGCAGGGCGGUGUCGACGCGCUGGCGGCCGAGCGCGGCUACCGCAACCGCGACGAGAUCACCGUGUCGCCCGACAAGAUGGGCGCCACCUACGAGGACAAGGUCCGCGGCUUUUUUCAUGAGCACCUGCACGAGGACGAGGAGAUACGCUACAUCCGCGGCGGCCAGGGCUACUUCGACGUCCGCGGCAGGGCGGACGACUGGGUGCGUAUACAGCUCGAGAAGGAUGACCUUAUUAUCUUGCCCGCGGGCAUCUACCACCGCUUCACGACGGAUGAGCAGAACUUCGUCCAAGCGAUGCGCCUCUUCAAGGACGAGCCCAAGUGGACUCCCCUAAACCGGUCGGAGGAGUUGGAUGCCAACGAGCACCGCAAGGCGUAUGUUUCGCAGUUUGGCAAGUAG